AAGAAAUCUCAAUAAUGUGACUGAUAUCUGAGCAGUAAGGACUGUAACUGCCUCAUUUCUUUCUUACACAGGUUUUUUAAGAUGCUUCUCAUAGACGGAAAGUAUAAGCCAGUUGCUCAGAUGCUGUUUUCCUCAGGAUCUUGCCCGCGUUGUGUACUUCGCUUCUGCUGUGUUGAUUCCACAGCUCCCUACCGUCUUCCGUACAAGGAUCUGGUUUGUGAACUUCAGAACUACUUGGAGAUGAACCAUGAAGAUAUAGCCGAUUUAGUCGGUGGCCCACCAUGCAAGAGAGCCAAGCUUGAAGAAACGGCUAAGUGUACAGGCGACAGAGAAUCAAUCAAUUCCCCAGAACCCGAGCACGGGGAUGACUCUCAAAGUCCGAGAACUUGUAAUUUGUGCCUGGGGGUUCUUCAGCAUCUCUGUGAAGUGGAGUCUGUUAAAAAGAUUUUUGAGAAAGUGAAAAAUGCUGGUUAUGAAUUCAAAGAUUUUGUGUUUUCUGUGUCUUUACCUGCUCAGCUGUCUGUUCGAGAGCAUUCUGCAUGGCUUCAAGCAAAACAGGAAAUGGGAAAACACGGUUAUUGUUUGGAGAAGGCAGCCAUUAUCCAACUGAAGGAAGCUUACAAGUGGAUUAUCCAUCCUCUUAUUUCAGAAGAAUUUGGGGUUCAAGCUCUGAGCAAGAGUGUGUUUGAAGUCGCCGUGGUGUUUGCCCACCCAGAAACCGAUUCUGACUGCCACUUCCUAGCAUCGGCAUGCAAAGACUGUUUCAAACAGACUAAGAAUAAGCAGUCUGUUUUCACCAGAAUGGCAGUUCUGAAGGCUUUAGACAAGAUAAAAGAAGAGGAUUUCCGUGUACUGUUUCCAUACCCCCUACAGUGUCCAGAGACAGUAUGUCAACUUGUGGAUAUCCAGUGCAGUCAUUCUUCUGUUUUCGUGGCCGGCAUAUAUAACAAAUACUCAAGAACUUUGCCUCAAACACCAUGGGUUAUCGAUGGGGAGAGGAAGAUGGAAUCUUCCGUGGAGGAGCUGAUAACGGACCACCUGAUGGCUGUAUUUAAAGCAGAAAGUUUCAACUUUUCAUCCUCUGGAAGAGAAGAUGUUGAUGUUCGAACCCUAGGGAAAGGAAGACCUUUUGCGAUUGAACUUGUGAAUCCUCACCGAGUCGAGGUCUCUCUGCAGCACAUGAAGGAACUACAGCAGAAAAUAAACAAUUCAGAUAAAAUCAAAGUUCGGGAUCUACAAAUUGUCAACAGAGAAGCAGUGGGGCAUAUGAAAGAAGGAGAGGAAGAGAAGACCAAGUGUUACAGUGCCUUAAUAUGGACAGAGAAAGCAGUCCGGGAAGAAGAUCUCAAACUGUUAGAUAGUAUGGAGGAAUUGAAAAUAGACCAGAAAACUCCUCUACGGGUUCUUCAUCGCCGCCCUUUGGCUUUAAGGCCUCGAAUCAUCCACACAAUGAAAACAGAGUAUAUGGAUGAGCACCACUUCCGCCUGUAUUUAAAGACUCAAGCAGGGACCUAUAUAAAAGAAUUUGUACACGGGGACUUUGGAAGAACCAAACCAAAUAUAGGUUCCAUACUGCAAACCACAGCGGACAUUCUGGAGCUUGAUGUAGAGUCUGUCGACAUUGAUUGGCCUCCUGCCCUGGAUGAUUAAUCUCCAGAAUCCAGAGACGGUUACUAAACCUGCGUCACAUGGAAUGAAUGUGAAGCUCGACCCAUCCGUGGAUGAUGCAAGAUUCUGCAGAUCAUGUUGAUCUAACACUUUUUUUCAAUAAAAUUGUUUUGUUUAUUUUAGUUAGUAUGUUUACAGAAUAGAAUAACAUUAAUACAAGCUGUAAACAAUAUACUUCUUUUAUGGACAAUCUAGGCCAAAUAAAUCUAAGACCGACAUUCAGGUCAUACAUGCUUUUGAAGACAUCAAA